AGUGGAGACACCCUUUAGCGUUGAGAUCCCAGGAACCACGUUCUGUCUGGCCAGACGGACACUGGGUUGUGGCCUUUCUUCAGCCACUCCCCAGGGGAAAGAGGACGUUCCCUGCCUUGGGCCUAUAAGCCUACCCUUUCACCCUGGGGACACCCAGUCCAGCCUGCCCCAGGGCCAACAAGUCAAGGGACAGCAAAUUUUUAACUGAACACAUUGAUCAUUAACAGGAGUAAGAAAGAAUCCAAACUCAGCGUCCCUCAGGGGCAGAAACUAGCUGGGCCUCAGGCUUCCUGUAAUGAUGCUGGGCCUCCGAGUCUGGUCCUCUGUGAGGCAGGGGCUGAGCAGGGGCUUGUCUAGGAAUGUAGGGGGACAGGUUCCAAGGAAAGGGAAAAAGGUGGACAUCUCAGGCAUCUAUCCCCCCGUGACUACCCCAUUUACUGCCACUGCAGAGGUGGAUUAUGGGAAACUGGAGGAGAAUCUGCACAAACUGGGCACCUUCCCCUUUCGAGGCUUCGUGGUCCAGGGCUCCACCGGCGAGUUCCCCUUCCUGACCAGCAGUGAGCGUCUGGAGGUGGUGAGCCGCGUGCGCCAGGCCAUGCCCAAGAACAAGCUCCUGAUAGCCGGCUCCGGCUGUGAAUCUACUCAAGCCACAGUGGAGAUGACUGUGAGCAUGGCCCAGGUGGGGGCUGAUGCCGCCAUGGUGGUGACCCCUUGCUACUAUCGUGGCCGCAUGAGCAGCGCUGCCCUCAUUCACCACUACACCAAGGUCGCUGACCUCUCUCCAAUUCCUGUGGUGCUGUACAGUGUCCCAGCCAACACAGGGCUGGACCUGCCCGUAGACACUGUGGUCACGCUUUCCCAGCACCCGAAUAUCGCUGGCAUCAAGGACAGCAGUGGUGAUGUGACCAGAAUUGGGAUGAUGGUUCACAAGACCAAGAGGCAGGAUUUCCAGGUGUUGGCUGGAUCGGCUGGCUUCCUGUUGGCCAGCUAUGCCCUAGGAGCUGUGGGGGGCGUGUGUGCCCUAGCCAAUGUCCUGGGGGCUCAGGUGUGCCAACUGGAGCGACUCUGCCUCACAGGGCAAUGGGAAGAUGCCCAGAAGCUACAGCACCGCCUCAUUGAGCCAAACACUGCGGUGACCCGGCGUUUUGGGAUCCCAGGGGUGAAGAAAACCAUGGAUUGGUUUGGCUACCAUGGAGGCCCCUGCCGGGCGCCCUUGCAGGAGCUGAGCCCUGCAGAGGAAGAGGCGCUACGCAUGGAUUUCACCAGUAAUGGCUGGCUCUGAGGGCAAGUGGGGGCAUGCCCAGCCUGAGCCCAUCUCAGCUCCUGCCUUGCACCUGCAGCCCGAAGAGGAAUAGGAGGGGAUGAGGGUUCGAGUCUCCUUUUCCUACUUUGGUCCUCCAGGUGCCUCUUAGUAAGCAUUACCAUGCACACUCAUUUCCUAUUUUCACAGCACUGUGACAUUAGAUUUGUAUCUUAAACUCUGGGUCACUAGAGAAUCGCCCAUCCCUCUCCUGUGCUUUCCUAUGCCCCAAGACACAUGAGCCAGGAGCCAGAGGGAAGUGUAGGGGGCAGCUGGGCACAGGAAGGCUAUGUGUUGGAAGGGAGGACUACUUCGACUUGAGGAUACAAGCCUGAGUCUAGCACAAUGCAGAGGGAAGCCAGGCCUAUACUAAGAACCCAAGCUCUCUUUCCAGGGGAUGUGGUAGAAAAAUGUCACUAGUCUUUGAAAGGCCCCUGAGAUGCAUUCUAGCCAGUGCCCUUUCCUAAGUCCAUUUUGAUUCCUCAUAUUCUUGUCUCUAGCUUUGAUCUCAACCAUUGAGUGCACAGACACAACCAGAAUUGGUAAAUAAUGACACCUGGUGGAUAAAUGUUACAUUCUAGAAGACUACUGUAGUCAACCCAGGUCUGAAACAUUAGGGAAGGGGGCUUGGCCUGAGACAGGAUCAUCUUCUUGCCUAUAGGCAUUCUGCUUUUAUUGUUAAAAACAAUUACUUUGUUAUUGCAAUAAAGUUUAAUAAGUUUAAUUAGUGUGGUUUUGUAUAGAUUAACACUCCACUGCUACGCAGAUCUUGUUUCCUACCCAGAUGUCAAGAACCUACCUAAAGGCAAAUUUAGCUCUCAAUGUCUACUUUUUCCCAGCUCUGAGAGAGGCCCUAACAAUACUGAGCAAACAGGUAUUAAAUCAGAGGUGGCCUAGGAAAAUAUUUACUGAAGUUUUAAAUGGGACAGGCAAGAGGCAAAAAGGUUCAAUUGACGUA